AUGGCGUUGUGUUGCUCAUCUGUAGAUGUGUAUGGUGUGCUGGUUGUCGCGCUUAUUCUUGGGGAUGGGACCAAUGCCUUGUUUUUACCAAACGUUCAUCCGAGGUUUUUAUUUUUUUUUUGGAGGGAUGAAAUUGUUACAAUUCAGGUGAAUGUAUUGACCUCUGUACGAGCCUAUCCAAACUAUGACUAUUACAAUGUUUUACCAUGCGCCGUCCCAGUGUACCUGUGGAAGGGGAGGUGGGUGGCAUUGGUGGAGUGCUUAUGGGAGAUCGUAUACAAUCUACUCCGUACGAAAAUAGUAGUGUAUUUAAUGAUGUUACGUGUGAAGAAAUCUGUGAAAGAGAAAUAG